GUUUCGUCAGGAGAAACAAAAGCAUAAAAAGUGCAAGGACUAUGCACAGAUUUAGAACAUUCAUGAAAAUGGCACUUUUAAUUUCUAAACAUCAGCAAAAAAAAGUCUAGCGGAAGUUACAACAUUGAGUCAUUGUCACAAUAUUUCCUGAUAUCAUCAAAGCUAAAGAAGUUCUUUUAUUUUACGUUUUAGAUAUGGACCACAUCAACACUACACAGACGGAACCAAAAAACAGCACAGACGUCAGCAGCGUGUUCACACUUCAGGUUCUGCCUGUGCUCUACACCAUCAUCUGCGCUUGUGCCUUCAUUCUCAACGGACUUGCCGCUUGGAUCUUCUUCAGGGUUCCCACCUCCUCAGCCUUAGUAGUUUACCUAAAAAACAUGGUGGUGGCAGACGUUCUGAUGUUGUUUACCUACCCGUGGCGUGUAGUGGGCGACCUCGGUUAUGGCGGCUUGCAGCUGAAGCUGAUAGUUUGCCGCUACACAGCUGUGCUUUUCUACCUCAGCAUGUACACAGGAAUAAUCUUCAUGAGCCUCAUCAGCUUGGAACGCUACUUCAAAAUCGUACGUAACACCUUUGGUAUGUCUUCCUUUCUGCAGCGUGUUUUGUUAGCAAAGGCUCUCGCGCUGCUAACUUGGGGUGUCAUGAUGUUCUUCAUGCUGCCGAAUGCCAUAUUAACCAACCAGCCAAUGCCUAAGGUUUUCUCCUGCAUGGCCCUGAAGGGCACCCUGGGUCGGCGCUGGCACGAAAUUUCAGCCCACUUCAACAUUGGAGUCUUCUGGGUGGCAUUCCUGUUGAUGGUGUUUUGCUACACCUCCAUCGCCUGUCAUGUUUACCGCUCGUACAAACGCGUGCAGCAGGACAGCAGCGUGGUGAGACGGCGGUCAAAUCGAAGCAUUUUUAGCUUGCUGGCUGUUUUUGUCUUCUGCUUUGUUCCGUACCAUGUUUGUCGCGUGCCCUACACGCUUAGCCAAAGCAACAAGGAUGACUUUAGCACCUACAACCACUUCAUUCUCUUCCAGGUCAAAGAAGCUACGCUCUUCCUGUCUGCUCUUAAUGUGUGUCUGGAUCCUGUCAUCUACUUUCUCAUGUGCAGGACAUUCAGAGAGUCGCUUUUGCAGAAGAUAUCAUCUGUAAAACGCGAAAACAGGCAUCCUUCAAUAGGCACUGGGUUCAGUAUCAGCAAUCUGUAAUGAUUGAGCAACAAAGUAAAGCGAGCAUUACCCAUUUGCAAGAUGGAAAAGAUAUUUAGAUAUGAAACCACAUACCAUGCUGCGGUUUCCUUGCAUGCAAAAAUGCAACAUGAAGAGAUGGAGCGAAGAAGAUCAGAACAAAGGUCACUACUUCCUUCUAUUGAAAAUAAAUGAAGACUAUUGUCGCAUCUGGUGAUUAUUCUUUAGAAAUGAAGUUUCCCAUUUGCAAUAUUCACAAUCGAUUCUCACUCUGUAACUGUGAUGAACCAGGUAAAACAGAAAUUUACUUUGAUGAUCUUCUCAUAGAAGGGAUUCAGAGGAACUGGAACAAAGAAGUCAAAAGACAAAAGAAGAAGGAGAAACGUCAAGGAAAACAAGACAGAACCUCAACUGAUGGAACAACAGGAGAUUGUUUUUAGAAUAAGAAGAACAAUUCAACUUAUGCGAAAACAUGAGAAUUUGAAUAAGAAAAUUAUGAGAAAGCUGAAAGAAAUGAUUGAGUUGGUAAACUUUAAUGUGGAGUUGCAAUCUCUCGCAAAUGAUAUCAGAGCUUUAAGACUGCAAACAGCUACCAUAAAACCUGUAAUGAGAUAUAUAUGCUGUUAGAGAAAAGCCUUAAAAGGUAGAAAUGAGAUAUACAUUCUGUUAGAGUUUGCUCAUCAGUUAAAACUGCCACGUAUGUAUGCUUUUUGCUAACUGUAUUAUGAGUGUACAAGAAAGUGCAUUUUGCAACAGCGUUGCAGAAUGGUCCUUCUUUCUUUAAAGCUUUGUGUGGUAAUUUGUUUUAUCUUAUCUUAAAAGAAAUGAUGCUAUGCAGUUUAGAAAUAGUUAUUUGCCAUAGCCUACACCUUAAGAUGUUCUAAUUGUUUAGAUUAAAACUACCCAGACAGCAAGCAGUUUCGGCCACAGAUUCACAGAUGUGGGCCAGAUCUGGGCCAACACUAUGUUGCUGUUUGGGUAGAGAUAGAUUAACUUGCUUUAAUGAAAAGGAUGCUGCAAUUACUUCAUCUGAACUUGU